CUCCCGUAUCAGUCAUAACAACUGCCGUUAAGGUUUCGAAAGAAGGCAUCGGAAGGAGGACCCUCCUGCACUGGCAGCAACGGGGUACGUCCAUGUACAUUACUCUCUGUAUAAGUUCCUCUAUCACAUCCGACCAUGGCAGCGCCAUCGCAGACCGACCCAGAUUUAAUGGACCUGGAGGAUGAGGAGCUGUGGGACAUGAUUGAAAAGCACAGGUGUAAAAUUGUACAAAGACUGUCACCCGAACGCCUGACCCCUUAUUUGCGUCAAGCUAGAGUGAUAGACGCCAUGGACGAAGAGGAUAUUCUACACUGUGCGCGGUUUUCGACAAGGGCCAUGAGACUGGGACAUCUACUGGAUGUGCUACACACAAGAGGAAAGAAUGGAGCCACGGCUUUCUUGGAGAGCUUAAUGCUGGUGAACCCCCGACUUUAUACCCACAUUACAGGAAAAGAAGCAAAUAAGGAUCCCAACAGCUUUACCAGACUUAUAGACAGCAGCCAGCUGAGCGCCUUCCUCAUGAACACGCUGAGCAGUCUCCAGGAGGAGCUGAUGCAGGAGAAACAGCUCAAGGGGACGUUACUCCACCAUCUGCACAAAAUGCGUGAAAAGCAACAGCAGCUGAAAGAGGAAGGAGAGUGCAUGCGAAGUAUGGAGCACGAGAACCAGCGCCUCCGCAGAGAGAUGGAUGCCCAGAGCCAAAUGCUGAGCAAACUGAAAGAUGAGCAGUACGAGCUGUCUAUGCGCUACUCGCACGCCUUGCAGGAGAAGGACGCCGUACAGGGCAGGAACAGCGACCUGCAGGAACAGCUGUAUUUGGUGAAGGAGGAGCUGCAUAGGGUUAAAAUGGAGCUGCAGGUAGCUCAGAGCUGGACCUCCCGAGUUAAGUGUGAAGAAGAGUUGGAAGUUCUGCAGAAGGAGAACAGGAUGCUGAAGGAGAAGCUGGAAGGACAGAACAAGCUGGUGGAAAUGGAUGGAUCAAACCAGAGGUCCAAUGAAACAUUACCCGAUUCAGAAAGGUUAAGGGUUCAGCUUACGACAGCCAAAAAGAAAAUUGCCGCUGGCGAGGCAUCUGAAAAGCUGUGGAAAGAGGAAAAAGAGACAAUUCUUCAGGACUGUCGACAUUUACAGAAUAAUUAUGACAUAUUGAAGAAGAAAACUGAAGCCUUCCAUGAUCAGGUCGAUGAACUGCAGAAGGAGCGUGACCAGGCAUACAGAGCAAGAGACAUGGUUCAAGCUGAGAUUUUACAAUUUCUAAAUGAAAAGGAUUCACUCAGAAAGCAAGUUAUGAAACUUACUGAAUGUAAUUCAGAGCUUAAACAGCAGAUUCGAAGUUUGGAGGAGCAGCUACAGAUCUGGAUGAUGAGAAAAGACGUUCAAAAAGACGCCGAGCAAACGCCGUCUAAACAUCAAAGGCUUGUGCGUAUGGAUGCAAUUUGUCCUUCUGAUGACGGUGACAAGGGCUCCUCUUGCAGCACAUCUGAGUCUUGGCAGGACCUCGGUUGCCAGGCAAACAGUGACCUCGCUGGACUUAAUUCUUGCAGCUCCCUUGAUGAUGUUUGUAUCUCUAGGCUUUCUAAAAGUUGCUCCAAUGAACUCCCCGAUCUUCUUGAGGCAGAAAGAACAGAGGCAGACUUCGACUUUGAAUAUAAAAAAGAUCUUGAACUGUUAUCACACAUGGAUAUAAGUGAGAGAAGUUAUGAUAUUGGUUGUCUUGAAAGCCCUGUACGGAGGCGGUAUGCUCAGAGAAUGUCCAGUCGACUGACAUCCAUUGCUUUUCCGGGAGAUGACCUGCUAAAACAAAUAAGUAUAAUUGGGGGUAACAGAACAGGAAUCUUUAUCCAUCAAGUUACCCCAAGGUCAGCUGCUGAUGAAAUGUCACUACUGCCAGGAUACCAGAUUAUGGCGGUACACUUUGAUGUUUUGAAUCCUGCAUAUAAAGUAGACCUAGGAGGAAUGACCUUCGAAGAUGUCCACUGCACCCUCAAUAGGGUGAAUGGUUUCUGCUGCCUUUCUGUCCGAUGCAACAUGGAGGAUUAUCGAAAGCUGCUGAAUACCAUACAGAAUGGUGUAUUAACCUCUGGUGACUCAUUUUAUGUCCGUGUAAACCUUUCAAUGCCUGCACGUGUGGAGGGCGGCCUACAAGUGAAAUGUGGGGACAUUUUACAUAUCACAAAUACCAUGUACAAAAACCGUUGCCAGUGGUUUGCCCACAGAGUAAAUAAUUACACUUUGAAGGAUGGAGAAACGGGUAUAAUUCCCAACUAUCGCCAGGCUCAGCAGCAACUCAUUACAUCUAUACAGCGGAUGACUUGGCAAAAUGGGAUACCACGUAUGCCUAAAAAGCAUGUUCGAAUCAUCAGCACUGAUCGCUGUAGUUCUCACUUACUCUGGACGUCUCUAAAUUGUGGCACAUGCAGAUGUGAAGAACCGACUGCUAGUUCUUCACUGGGAAGAAGCUGCUUAACACUAAUGCCAUACACUCUGGUGACUCACUACAAGAUUGGAGUCCCCCGUCCAGUCCUCCUGGUCCCUUCACUGCUCGGAAGAAUUUUGAGUGACAAACUAUGUGCCAAUAAAGACUUUAUGAAGUGUGACACUGAGUGCUUGACAGACGCGGAAUAUGCGACAAGAUACCAGCGUGGAGACAUUAUCGGUGAAAAGGAAGGAGAAAGCAUACGCUGUUGUUUUACUAGGCAGAAUGUUGAAGCAGUGGCCCAGCAGAAUGCGCACUGCCUUUUGGAACUUGGACUCUCCUGUCUCUCUGCUCUGAUUCGUGUGGGAAUUUAUCCCAUCAUACUACACAUCCCACUAAGUGAAAAGAGUACUAAAAAAUUGAGAAAAACCCGACAAUGGUGGGGAAAAUGUGAGGAUCUGCUGCUGGAGUGCGCUCAGAGGGAGGAGGCUGAGCUCGAUUCCCUGCCCUGCCUGUACAGCACUGUGUAUGCUGACAGCUGGAGUGACACGGACUCUCUUCUCUGCACAGUAAAGGACGCCAUUCACGAUGAACAGAAGCGAAUUAUCUGGUUGGAAAAUCAGCCGUGCUGCCCUUAAAAAAGUGAAGCGUUUUAGUAUUUAUUAGUUCGGCGUGUCAUUUUCAUCGUAGACAUGGUCUUAGGCUCUGUAUGCAUUGCGUUUGCCGCUUCUGUCAGUGCUAUACAGUCAGGGCGUAUACAUCCGAGGGAGACAUGUGAAGAAUGCCAUUGUCACCCAUAGGGUGCUAUUGUAAAACACUGCACUUCUAGGGUCAAUGUGUAACAUGUUUACAGUAAAUGUCUUAAAAGAGGAGAAGAUGAGUUCCCAAACACGGGAGAACAUGCAAACUUCAUGCAGAUGUUGUCCUUGGUCGGAUUUGACCCCAGAACCCCAGCGCCACAAGUCACCAGUGCUGACCACGGAGCCAUUAUACUGCCCCUUUUAUCUUAUUAUUGUUGAACUGGUAACCCUCCCCCCUUCCAUUGUCUUCCUGUAUCCAUUUCUUAUUCAACCCAUGCUUGAAAUUCACCCUCAAACACUCCAGGUAAUGACUGUAGGCCUCGGAGAUCAGAGUCUGAUCUCUGACCCAUUCUGAGGGUAUGUUCCUGGUCUCUGCCACCACCUGUAUAAGCGCUGGACGCAUUUUACUUUGACGAACCUUGACUUCUCACUUUCUGUGACAAACUUCACUUCGCACCCAGAGAUCGCCGAUCCGCGACCAGAGAACUAAACCUUUCUGGAGCCAAUUUUUUACCUGAUAUCAGCCCUUAGGUUGUUUACUGUAUAUGCCUUUUUUAUGUUCUUUCCUCUUUGUGAUCUGUAAUAUAAUUCUCUCUUAUCACUUUUUCAAUAAAAUAUAUAAAA